AUGCGAGAACAUUGUUGUGAGAUACGGCAUAUCAAGUGCAAAAAUGUCUGGGUCUGGAAGAUUUCCAGGUUUGUCAUGCAUAUUUUGCACAACCCACGAUGCCUGUAAUGCAUGACCUAGCAUCAUAGAUAAGAUUUUUGAAGGGCCUUCUGAUGCGUAUUCCGCAUGAGAAACGCCCACUCCGCGUAGCACAAACUGAACUCUUCUUGCUGGUCAUGCAAUACAGAUUUUUUUUACCUUCCAAAGACAGCAUCACAAGUGGCAACCUUCCAGACCCAGACACUUUUACAUUUGAUACGGCACCUCCGUUGUCUGCUAAAGCUAAACGGCAAUAGACUCAGUAUGAAAACAAGACAAGAGUGUGGCUGUGAUCAUGAUCUUCCGUUUUGCAAUUUUUAUAGGUGCCUAACUUUAUUUAGGUCAAAAAUAAAAAAACACAAAUGUAUGAAGAAGAUUUAAAGAUUCAAAAUCGACCCCGCAAGUAGACGGUUAAAAAGACACCGAAAUGGUCACUGCUCAGCCUAAUGUACAAAAAAUGCACCUUGAUUUUUCUUCAAGUCGCAUCAACAGAAUAGUGCGACUCCUGGACCCCGUUUCUGUCCUACAGAU